AUGCAGCACAUCAUAGACAGAUCCACGUUAUUAGCGUCGCACAACGUCUACGAAGCACAGAAGGACGGAGACUCGAAGAACUUCCGCCUACACAUACGGAAUUACAACAACGCCCUUGCCAUGGCAUCAAUGGCUGCUCAUGUGGAUAUACCUCAAGGUUUUGGUCCAUAUUGUUUCCGAGUGCACGGUCAAGUUUAUCACACAAUCGGAGGACUUCGACCGCCGACAGGUCAGCAAGCCCAAUGCGCUCAAGUUCUAAUCAUGGACACGGGAGCGGCUGCUGAAGAACUCGCUGGACGGACUGUGAAUCAAAGUUGCCAGAAGAACAUAUUCGCCUCCUUACACAAUGUCUUGAAAGAGUCCAAUCCAUACGUCCGAGCUUUGCGACUCAUGUCACAGGUUGUGGAAGAUGAAGCCCGCAAUGCUCGAUCAGAAGGUCGCGAUUCUCGGCCCGUGCGUAUGGUAUUCAAUCAGAGCUCCACUGACGAUCAACGAAGAUACAAUGCCGCUUCUGCCAAUGAGGUUGCCAUCGUAUAUGUGGGGGACGAAGAUGUCAUCCCGGGGGAUCGAUUCCUUAUGAUUCACGAGAACAGCGGCAACCUUCGUCUUAUCAGUUAUUUGGAUAAACUGUGCGAUCCUCUCACUUACCCACUGCUGUUUCCGACUGGAGAAGAUGGGUGGCAUCCAGAAAUGCAACGGCGGAAUUCAACGUCGCCCAGACGAAAUAGAAUAACGCAAAAGGAAUACUAUUCAUACCUACUGUUCACCCGACAUCAAAUCUUCAAUCCAUUGCACUUUGCUGGAAAACUUCUGCAACAAUUCAUGGUCGAUAGCUGGCUCAAAAUAGAAAUGAACCGUCUAAACUUCGUCCGCCACAACCAGCACAAUCUGAGACUCGACACCGUGCGCGGCCUCCAAGAUUACAUGCUCGGUGAUAACGAUUGCGAUGGGCCUCCGGGUCGCCGAGUCAUACUGAGUGCAACUUUCACGGGAG